AUGAAAAGUGAAACAGCAAAUGAAGAAAAUAGAGAUAAUCCCGAAAAUGGGCCGUUGGGUUUACUUUCCGAAUGCGUUAAAGAUAAUGCACAAGUUUUAAUAAAUUGUAGAAAUAACAGAAAACUUUUAGGGCGGGUUAAGGCGUUUGAUAGACAUUGCAAUUUACUCUUAACCGAAGUUCGAGAAAUAUGGGUUGAAAUAAUUAAAGAUAAAAAAAAAAAAAAAAAAAUAAAUAAAGAUAGAUAUAUUAGUAUACUAUUUUUACGAGGUGAUUCAGUUAUUUUGAUUUUGAGAAACCCUAAAUAA